AUGUUCGGAGGACCACCACCACAACCAUCCCCUGCCGAACUUAAGGCUCAAGAGGAGGAAGCUACUCUUACUGUCCAACGAGUCAUUACAUUUUCUAUUCUUCUUUACCUUUCACCUUUCGCUGUUAAGAGCAUCCAAAACCUCAUCUAA